AUGUACAUAGAAGAUGUCGCAGACUUGUGCAAGCGCCUGAAUCCGUCCAUGCCCGAGCAAGUAAAGAUUAAACACAUGUUAAAAGACAUUGACGACGAUGCCUUUCAAAUGUUACUGGCAAAGGACCCACACACCGUAGCUGAGCUUACGACCUUGUGCCAGAGCUUUAAUGAGCUCCAUUACUCAUCCUGCAAACGCUAUGGUGCCAGCUACAGAGCACUGCCAAAAAAUGUUGUACAGCCGAAGUGCAGUGGCCGAACACCUCUAUGUAAAGAGGCAAGCAGUUUGAAUGACACGUGGGUCUCAUUUCCGUCAUGGUCUGAGGAUUCCACAUUUGUUAGCUCACGCAACCAGUAUGAAGAAUACAUUUACCGCUGAGACGAGCGCUUUGAGUUGGAUGUGGUUUGUCGAAACCAACAUGUCGACAAUCCUAUUCUGGAGGCAAUACAGAAGAAGCUGCAGCGAAUGAGCGCAGAGGAAAAGCAGCGCUUCCAGCUGCUUGACAACCUUGGAGGCUCAUCAAAUGUGCUGCAGCAGCAGGCCAUCCGGCGCAUCUACGGCGACAAGGCUGCUGACAUCAUCGAGGGCCUCAAGCGCAACCCUGUCGUCGCUGUUCCCCUUGUACUGCGCAGGCUCAAAGCCAAAGAGGAAGAGUGGCGCGAGGCACAGAAGAGCUUCAACAAGGUCUGGCGAGAGCAGAAUGAGAAGUACUACCUCAAGUCGCUGGAUCACCAGGGCAUCACGUUCAAGCAGAAUGAUGUCAAGUUUUUGCGUUCCAAGAGCCUUCUGAACGAGAUUGAAGCCAUAUAUGAAGAGCGCCGGGAGCAGAUGGAAGAAGGUACUGGGGAAGUUCCUACGGGGCCCCACAUGAGUCUGGCCUACCUUGACCGGUCCAUUCUGGAUGAUGCAGCUAAUCUGAUUAUCCAUCAUGUGAAGCGCCAAACGGGUAUCAACAAGGAAGACAAGCAGAAGAUAAAGCAACUGCUGCGUCAAUUCAUCCCAGACCUGUUCUGUCUGCCACGUGGCGAACUCUCCGAUGACGAGGUUGACAAAGAGGAUGACAUAAUGACCGAGGAUGGUGAGAGCCAGCCAUUUCCCUCAACACCCAAUCACCGGCCAGAUGAUGCCUUCCCCAAGGAUAGUGACAAAAGUGCAGUUCGGACAGCCUCAGAGGAUUGCACCGGCAGCGCAGAUGGCUCGCAGCUGGAGUGCGCCGCCAUGCAGAACCUCUACUCGGAUGACUCGUACGCACUCUUCUUUGUCAAUGACCACUGGUAUCUGUUCUUUCUGCACCAUCUGCUGUGUGAGCGUCUCACAAAAAUCUACAAGCAGUCGACAAACUUGGCUGCGGAUGAGGCAAAGGAGCGCAAGGACCGAAAGGAAUCCACAGCUGUGGCACUGCGGCUGAAGCCUCGGAGCGAGGUGGAAGUGGAGGACUACUACCCAGUGUUCCUGGACAUGGUGAAGAGCCUGCUGGACGGCAACAUGGACGGCACGCAGUACGAGGACACCCUGCGAGAAAUGUUUGGCAUCCACGCCUACACGGUGUUCACGCUGGACAAGGUGGUGCAGAAUGCGGUGCGGCAGCUGCAGCACAUCGUGUGCGACGAGGCAUGCCUGCGCUGCACCGAGCUCUUUGUGGAGGAGCAGCGGGUUGGAGGCGCAGGAGGCACAUGUGCCACCGCCGCACACCGGCACCUCGAAUCCAGCUACCAGAAGAGCGAGCAGGCCUUGGUCAACGACAACUGCUUCAAACUUGUGCUGUACCAGAAGGAGACCAAGCUUACGAUAGAGCUGAUUGAUACAGGCGACAUGUCUGAAGAUCCUGUGGAGAUAGAGAAAUGGUCAGAGUACGUUGACAAAUACGUGGCGGGUGAAGAUUCCAUCUCGGACGAACUGAGAGACCAGCUGGCGAAAAACCCGUCUUUCUUCCUCGGCCUCACAAAUGCAAUGAGCCUUGGCGAAUGCAUCACUGUUGCCAAUGCGGCAUGCCACGCCCCUUCUAAGGUCGUCGGUCAGGUCGAGGUUGGCAUGCAGUGCUGCUUGCCUCUGGCUGACAAGUCUGUCGCGUGCUCCUUCAAAGCAGGGAGCGAGUCGAGGAGCGUGCAGACUACAGAGGUUGUGGAUCAGUCAAGCUUCACCUCAGCAACCCUGGUGGUUCUCGAUGCCGACAUCGUUGCUCCUCCAGGGGCGGUGUUUGGCUGA